UUCCUUAGGCUUCAGUUUUAAUCUCAUGUUCAAAAUUAAGAUAAUACAUUGUUUACUUCUAGUCCACGAUUUGUUUUUGUAUGGCUUGCUACUUAAGAAUGAUUUUUACAUUUUUAAAGGGUUGCGAGAUGAAAAUGAAGGAGAAGAGAGAGAGAGAAAGAAAGAAAAAGAGGAAGAAGAAUACGCGACAAAACUUGUAUGUGACCAGCAAAGUUAAACAUUCAUUUUGGCUAAGAACAGAUGGAAUAAAUUAUGGGAAAAAUGUGAUAUAUCUGCUGGAUAGUAACCCCUCAGUAAAUAGUAGCUCCCAUAAUUAUGGAUAUUGCUAUUAUUUUCUAAUUACUGUUUUUCUUCAUAUGCGUGGAAUUUGAGAAUAACAAUAGCUAACCUGGGAUAAUUUACAGAAUGGUGUGAGAUAAACACAAUGAAAUGAGGUGAAUCAGUGUGAAGGAGAAAGGAGAUGUGACCCUAAUACCAAUGAUUACUUAUUGUCUGUCUUACAUAUAAACACAGCCAUGAUCUCCAUUCAGCAAAUAUUGAAUGCCUGUUGUGAGCCAGGUACUAUUUUGGUUUUAGAUACUCUGGUAAGCAAAACGAUGUGGUUCCUGUCAUUGUGAGGUUUUCUGAUGAGUGAGAUAGGGAGAUUUUCAAUAAACAUGGGAUGAUGAAGAAGAAGAAGAACGUUAAGUUGCAAAAGGCAUCUGAAAGAAUGAGAAGUGCUGGAAGAGGCCUCAGAAGCACUGGUCUUGAGUCCAUCUCUGCAGUGUGAUAAAUGUGUGAUGGAGGAAUCAUCACAGAAUUCCCACGCAUUCCAUGGUUAGAGUCUCCGGGUGCCAUCCUGGUGCUCCUGCAUCCUGUUUUGGUUUAACAACUCACAAAUCUUCCGGGCUCCACAUCUGUGGAGAAUGGAUUAGGUUGGGAUUCUUGAACAGCUGUUGUUGCAGGCAUCUGAAGAGCUGGAUGUGCAUACACUCAGAGGGCAGAGGGAAUGUUUUCACAAUGCAUUAAAUAGCUUCACCCAGCUAUGUGGUCUAGUUGUAGACAGCUGAGCGGAAGCAGCAGCAGAAAGUUCAAGCCCAUGAGUAACUAGCUGUAAGUUGAUUUGGUUCUUCAUUGAGUCAAGGAGGCAUAGUGCCUGAAACUCAAAGAAUAAACUUCAUAUUCGCAGACUGUGGUCAAAUAUGUAUAUUAUUUAUCAGUCCUUUCAGCCAUAACCUCAUAUCCAAAAAGCUAGCUUAAAAAUGACAUUCAUACAUGGACUAAAUCACCACCAUAGUUAGCUAUUGAAUCAUAACCUGGUUCGGAGCUCAAAUAGAAGCGGUUCUCAACUGAGGACGAUUUUUCUCCCCGAGACGACAUUUGGCUAUAUCUGGAGAGACAUGUUUUGGGGAGUGCUACUGGCAUUGAGUGGGGAGAAAGACCAGGGAAACUGCUCAGCAUCCUACAAAGGACCGGACAACCCCCACACAAAAACUGCCCAGUUCUAUAUGUGCCAAGGUUGAGAAAUAAUGAAGUAGAAAUAUCCCCUUUUAUGCAAAUACUGUAUUUGAAGCCACUUCGCCAGGGUUUAGCGUUCCUCCUUCAAAAAUUGUCCGGUGUUGCCCACUUCCAAAAUGGCUUUUGACCCAUCGUGGAAGCAUCUGCCCUGCUCCAAAAAGGCUGCAAGGGUGUCGGCAGCUGGAAUGGUUUGGUCCGGGGCUCAGUUGUCACCCCCUGACUGCAGAGCCAAUGGAAGAGGCCCAGUUGUGGACCGAACCACAUGGGGCCGCUGGAGCAGGGGGAAAGAAGCUGGGGACAGGUAGACGGAACUUUCCGCUUGGAGAUCUUUGGCGAAGAGAAUGAGCCUCAGCUCUGUUCUGUGGGCUGCACUGAGUUUCUCGGUGUGAGCUGGAGAUGGGGGCAAUGGCGCGGACCCUGGACCCGGUUCCCGAGGUCGUCUACCCCCGCCGCGGCAUGCGAUGGUUCGCUCUCCGCACUUCCCUGUUUGGGGCAGUUAGGUCCGCAGAAGUCGGUCCGCGAGCUGUCAGCGCGGGCGGGAACGCCGCGGGGCGCGGGGUGGGCGCGGCCGACCUGGUCCCUGAGCCGGCUGGCGAUUCCGGACCUCCCGCACGCCCCGCAUCCGACCGGCUCAGCCGGCCGGCAGCGUAACGCGCCCUUCGCUCGCUUGCUCGCCGGCCUCAGGGCAGGCAGGCGGGCGCGGGAGACCCCGCCGGGGCCGAGACUUGGGGCGGGCGACGAGGACCCGGUUACGGCCUCCUCGCCAUGUCCUCGGCCUGCGACGCGGGCGACCACUACCCCCUGCACCUCCUAGUCUGGAAAAACGACUACCGGCAGCUCGAGAAGGAGCUGCAGGGCCAGAAUGUGGAGGCUGUGGACCCACGAGGUCGAACAUUAUUGCAUCUUGCUGUUUCCUUGGGACAUUUGGAAUCUGCUCGAGUCUUACUCCGACAUAAAGCAGAUGUGACAAAAGAAAAUCGCCAGGGAUGGACAGUUUUACAUGAGGCUGUGAGCACUGGCGAUCCUGAGAUGGUGUACACAGUUCUCCAACAUCGAGACUACCACAACACAUCCAUGGCCCUUGAGGGAGUUCCUGAGCUGCUCCAAAAAAUUCUCGAGGCUCCGGAUUUCUAUGUGCAGAUGAAAUGGGAAUUCACCAGCUGGGUGCCCUUGGUUUCUAGAAUAUGCCCGAAUGAUGUCUGUCGCAUCUGGAAAAGUGGUGCCAAACUGCGCGUCGAUAUCACAUUGCUGGGAUUUGAAAACAUGAGCUGGAUAAGAGGGAGGCGUAGUUUUAUAUUUAAGGGAGAAGACAACUGGGCGGAGUUGAUGGAAGUCAACCAUGAUGACAAAGUGGUCACCACCGAACGCUUCGACCUUUCCCAAGAAAUGGAGCGCCUCACUCUGGACUUGAUGAAGCCAAAAAGCAGGGAAGUUGAGCGGCGGCUCACAAGCCCUGUCAUUAACACCAGCCUCGAUACUAAAAAUAUUGCUUUUGAAAGAACUAAAUCCGGAUUCUGGGGCUGGAGGACAGAUAAAGCAGAAGUUGUUAAUGGUUACGAAGCAAAGGUUUACACAGUAAACAAUGUGAACGUGAUCACCAAAAUACGCACAGAACAUCUGACCGAGGAGGAAAAAAAGAGAUAUAAAGCGGACAGGAACCCGCUGGAAUCUUUGCUGGGAACUGUGGAACACCAGUUUGGCGCACAAGGGCAGGACCUCACCACGGAAUGUGCUACUGCAAACAACCCCACAGCCAUCACGCCUGACGAGUACUUCAAUGAAGAGUUUGAUCUGAAAGACAGGGACAUUGGAAGGCCGAAAGAGCUGACGAUUAGAACACAGAAGUUUAAAGCAAUGUUGUGGAUGUGUGAAGAGUUUCCCCUCUCUCUGGUGGAGCAGGUCAUUCCCAUCAUUGACCUAAUGGCUCGAACGAGUGCUCAUUUUGCAAGACUGAGAGAUUUCAUCAAAUUGGAAUUCCCACCUGGAUUUCCUGUCAAAAUAGAAAUUCCCUUGUUUCAUGUCUUAAAUGCACGGAUUACAUUUGGAAAUGUUAAUGGCUGUAGCACUGCCGAAGAAUCUGUAUCUCAAAAUGUGGAAGGGACCCAGGCUGAUUCAGCUUCCCACAUCACAAACUUUGAGGUUGAUCAAUCUGUGUUUGAAAUUCCCGAAUCUUACUAUGUUCAAGACAAUGGCAGAAAUGUGCAUUUGCAAGAUGAAGAUUAUGAGAUAAUGCAGUUUGCCAUCCAGCAAAGUCUGCUGGAGUCCAGCAGGAGCCAGGAACUUUCAGGACCAGCUUCGAAUGGAGGGAUCAGCCAGACGAACACCUAUGACGCCCAGUAUGAGAGGGCCAUCCAGGAGAGCCUCCUCACCAGCACAGAAGGCCUGUGCCCCAGCGCCCUGAGCGAGACAAGCCGUUUUGAUAAUGACUUGCAGCUAGCCAUGGAGCUCUCUGCCAAAGAGCUGGAGGAAUGGGAGCUCCGGCUCCAGGAGGAAGAGGCUGAGCUCCAGCAAGUCUUACAGCUGUCACUCACUGACAAAUAGACCUUUCAGCCUGUGAGCCUCUGCACAAAGCAGAGGCUGUGGGCUGUCACAGAUGCUGUGUCAACCAGGGCCCCAGGGCUGAGGGCCUGCACCUUGCGUGCGUGCGGCAGGCAACAACUGCCCCUUCUUUAUGCAGAGGUGCAGAACUAGGGACUCCUGGGCCCAUCCAGGCCGCUCCCUGGGGUGGAGAAGGGACCAGGGAUUGCAGGCCCCAUCUCCAGGCUAAGGGGAGGAGAGCAUCUUCACUUUCCAUUAGCUGUAUUGGCUUGCAGGUCACAUUUUUACUACCAGCUUUAGACAAAACCCCAAUCCCCGCAGGUUUGUAGAUAAAUUUUUAUCAAGGAGUGAUAACAAGACAAGUUAUUGCAGAGUCAGGGUGCUUUUAUAUAUGAGAGCAGCAGCCGCCUUCGUGAAGUGUGGUCUAUGAGAAUUGGAGACACUUCUUUACUGUUCACCAAAGAAAUGGGUAAUCUGUGCUGAUCUCCUUAUUUUUACCUUUUUACAGGGUUUCUAGGACAUUGUCAUUAUUCUUCUCCAUCUCUAUCUGAUUCCAUUCCUUCCACACCCAGCUAAAGUUAGAGGAGAUACAUAUAGAAUCUAUUUUAGAUUAUUGUUAACUAUUUGCAUCAAAUUAAGAUACACAAAUGGCCAUGGAUGUUGCCUUAGCCUUAAACAUUACUAAUAGUUUCACAUCACCUCACUGCAUGCAUCGAAGGAUCUGAUUUGAAUUUGUAAAGGCAAUUCUUUUGAGAGCAGGAUUCUCCAGGCUAAAUCAAAGGCAGCUAAUCCUGUCCCUGAAAGAGCAGCUAGGGGAACCUGAGGCUUGUUCUUGAAGUGGGCAAGCUGGCCAAAAUAUUGGAACACACAGAACCAAACCAGGUGUGUUCUACAACUGCACGAGUGAAGGAUUUCCACGUAGACACCUAGGAAGAGCCCACUGCGUGCCCUAGACUCACUCCAGAGGAAGGAUUGAUUUGCAACCAGAAAGGAGCUGAAAACCACGGAGCUCCAUGGCUCUUCAUUCAAAAGGGAAAAUAAUGAUUUCACGUUGCUUUUUAGAGUUCAAAUCAACAUCUUUCUGGAUAAAUCUAUUUUUUAACAAUAUUUUUAUUAUUUGUAAAAGAUAUAAAAACAACUCCCAUCAGUAGCAAUACAAGGUUAUACAUUUUAACCAGAUUUUCUCAGGCCUUUUUUGGAUACCUUUAGUAGUUAACUCUCUUUUGUCAGACCCUCUUGUAAAUAACCAUCGCACAACAUACAGAACCCUGGGGAAUACAGCCAAGGGCACUGCUCACUGUGGCCCGUGUAUUCAUUCCCACAGGCUGCACUGAAAUAACCUGGUAAACAAUACCCUCCUCCAUUUUGCAUCUAUUUCUUCUGUUGUGCUUCUUUGGGGAUAGGAAGAGAAACAUAACUACUGUUCCAGGUAACGUCUGUAUCAUACAGUUAGUGUUGCCAGUGAAACGUUCCCAGAUACAAAGAAUUGUGCUUUUAAUUAGAUUUCACCAUCUGCUUUUUUUUUUUUUUUUUUUGUCAUUGUCUGACCAAAAUUCCUUCUGCACACGAGGCCAGUAUAGGCAACGUCACAUUUGUUUCAAAUAUGCAAUGUGGCAUUUUGUUUACUUUGCAUUUACCGUGAGCAAAGAUACUUCUUGGAAUGGCUGCAGUGAGGCCGUGUCAUUGGCUCACAAAGGUGACUCAUAGGUAAUUUCUGUGUUUGCAUUCCAUUGCUCUGCUCCCUAAGGUCCUUGACUUUCUCCCCAGGAAUUCACUUAAAAAGGGACUGAGCAUUGUGUCAACCUGUUGCAGCGUUUUUCAUAUAUGUGUUCACUCUAAAAAUGCAAAUAAAGACUGCUUCCUUAGAGGGUGCGCAUACAAUA